ACAAAGGCCAAAUCUUUUUUAAAGAAAUAGAAGUAAAGCCAGAGUAAAUCACUAAUGGCGAACGAGACUAAUCUGCAGAAGGAGUCGAUCGUCCUCUACCCAGCACCGGGAAUCGGUCAUGUAAUCUCCAUGGUCGAGCUUGGGAAGCUCAUUCUCAAUCGUUACAGCAACAGAUUCUCCAUAACAAUCCUCCUCACCACCGGCUGCUUGGACACUCCAGCCAUGGCUCCCUACAUCCGCCACGUCUCCCAAUCCAACCCCUCAAUCUCCUUCCGCCGCUUUCCUCCCAUUCGCGUUGACCCUUUGCCACCUCGUAGUGGCGCUGCCAAGACCUUCGAAUUCAUCCGUCUCAACAUACCCAACGUCUCAAACGAACUCCAGGAUCUCUCCAAAAUGACGAAGGUUCGAGCCUUCAUCAUCGAUCUCUUCUGUACUUCUGCGCUUCGAAUAGGCAAAGAAAUGGAGAUUCCCACCUACUAUUUCUUCACCUCUGGCGCUGCUGUUCUCGGCGCCUUCUUAUACUUCCCGGAAGUUCACGAACGAGCUAGCCAAACGACAACCUUCAAGGACCUUUUCGACGUCGUUUUAGAAUACCCGGGUAUUAUGCCUCCUCUUAAUGCCUAUCACAUGCCCGAGCCGAUGCUUGACAGAGAUGACCCUUCUUAUUGGGACCUGGUUUACUUCUGCUCGCAUCUUGCCAAGUCAAGCGGGAUCAUAGUCAAUACCUUCGACGGGCUCGAGCCGAUUCCAGUCAAGGGUUUGGCUGACGGAGUUUGCGGAAAGAUUCCUCAGGUUUACUAUAUUGGACCGUUGAUCGCCAAGGAGAAGGAAAAGUUAAAAACUACUAUGAAAGAAGAAGAUGAAGAUUGCUUGUCGUGGCUAGACCAACAGCCGAGUCGAAGUGUGGUAUUUCUCUGUUUUGGAAGCCGGGGAACGUUCACGAAGCAGCAGAUAAGAGAGAUCGCCAAUGGGGUUGAGAAGAGCGGGCACAGGUUUCUUUGGGUGGUGAAGGAGCCAUCAAACGACGACCGAAAAAAGCAGAUCAGUGAAGAAUCGACAGAUUUCGUUUGGGACAACAAUGGUGGUCUAUUUCCGGAGGGGUUCUUAGAGAGGACAAGCGAAAGGGGCAUGGUGGUGAAGUCUUGGGCACCGCAGAUAGAAGUAUUGAACAAGGAGGCUGUGGGAGGGUUCGUGACGCAUUGCGGGUGGAACUCAGUACUCGAGGCGGUUGUAGCCGGAGUGCCCAUGGUAGCAUGGCCACUUUACGCCGAGCAGCACAUGAAUCGGAACGUGUUGGUGAAGGACAUGAGAGUUGCCAUUGAUGUGGAGCAGAGAAAGGAAGAUGGAUUUGUGAGUGCAGAUGAGGUUGAGAGAAGAAUUAGGGAGCUGAUGGAGUCAGAACAUGGGACAGAGAUUCGGGAACAUGUCAUGAAGAUGAAGGAAUUCGCUUCCGCUGCCUGGGGUAAGCAUGGAACGUCUGCUAUUGCUCUUGAAAAGUUUGUUCAUCAGUCCAUUGGGUAAUAUUAGUUAUUUUAAAGAACAUUGCUUAUGUGCACUAGUACAUGUAUAUGUAUAGUUGUGGGCCUAAUUUAAUAUUUUUCUCACACAUUUUAAUUUUAAUAUAAUUUAUGAGACUACAUAUAAAAUUACACUAAUAAAAGCUAGGUGGUAUUUUACACUU